CUCUAUAGAGGGAGGGGAGGAGGGGACUCCGGCAGAGCGCCGCAGCUGCCGGGACGAGCAGUCCAGCGCCUGCCCCGCGCCCCGCCAGCCGCUCCAGCAUGGACCUCCGAGCCCUGGCUCUGCUCGCCCUCGCCCUGGCCAUCAUCUCCCUCUCGGAGGAGAAACCUGUCAGCCUGACUUACCGAUGCCCCUGUCGAUUCUACGAGAGCAACGUGGCAAGAGCCAACAUUAAGCACCUCAAAAUCCUCUCCACACCCAACUGCUCACUGCAGAUCGUUGCAAGGCUCAAGAGCAACAGCAAGCAAGUGUGCAUUGAUCCCAAGUUAAAGUGGAUCCAGGAAUAUCUGGAGAAAGCUUUAAACAAACCACGUCAUCGCACUCAUAAAAAAAAGCAACAGAAGAAACGGGGCCCACUCUGCCCUUCCCGUGCAACACCACUAAAGUCUCGUGGGAGGAAGAAUGGAGGUUCAAGAUGUAAGAGGCAAGCGUUGUAAGCCGUCUACAGGAUUUCUUACUGUAGGACCCAGAGAGCAGAUAACCAGUAUUAGGGAAUGAAUACAUGUCACUGUUAUCAUACAGCACAAAAGCAACGCUUCAUGCAUUUCCAAACGUUUUUUUUUGUUUGGUUGGGUUUGUGUGUGGGGUUUUUUGGGGGUUUUUUUGGUUUGGGUUUUGUUUGGUUUUUUUUUUUGCACAAAUUGGCUUGCUUUCACAGUGCUAUUUUUAUAUAGUAAGAUGUAACUAUUUGAGAAAAAUAUGUUUUUAUACAGGUUGGUUUAUUACCUAGCACUGAGGGCAGAUAUAAAUUUAAACUAACCCUGUGUUAUUAUAUAAUAUUUUAUUUCCUUUGCUAUGUAGAGGUUCUGCUUUAUUUAACUUUCUUUUGGUUCAUGCAAGUCUCCUGGAGUCUUAAACCUAGAAGGACAUGAACUGUACAGUGCAAUGAUGUUGUGUAAAUAGUGGAGGAACUCCUGGCCUCCAGAAGUCAUCAAGGCCAAGAACAUAGGAAGGCUAAAAGGCAUCAGACAUUGAUGAAAGUGGUCAGCAUUACCAUGGGUGGCAUUUAUAGGUAUUUUGGGUGAGGGAUUAAACUCAGGGCUACAGGGCUAAAGCCCUUCUCUGAAGAUCAGAGGCCUUGGUGACAGCUAUGAACAGCUGGGUUGUUGCAUGUCUGUUAUUGCAAGGUGCCAGUACGUGGUUUGCAGUGUGGCCCAUUAUUCAGUAGUGGUUGUGUGUGUUAGGAGCCACAACACUGAUCUGAUGUCACCUGGCAUUUCCUAUGUUCCUGUGUUUCUGAUGACAAAUUUUAGCACAAAAAAGAAUGGAUUAUUAAAUGUCUAACCACACAAUUGUGUUGCAAGUUGCUGGAGGGAUCAGAUACGCUGCCAGGUACCAGGUAUCUCUUCCCACCCUUCCACAGGAGGUGAUGUCAGCUUGCCUGGCUAGCUUUGCACUGAAUUGGGCAGAGAUGCAUUCAUGUGACACUUCACCAACGAUACUGUAGCCUUGGCUACUGAACAGUCAUAUGUACCUGAAGGAUGUAACAUCUCUGAUUGCUCCAGAGAUAUCUAAGAAGAAGAUGUCUGGCCCUAUCUUUGGAGAAAAGGGAUGUCUGGGGCAAGAGAGGGUCUGCCCAGUUUGUGGAAGGAGUGGUGUUUCUCGAGUGUGGACAUGAAGGCCAACACUCACUGUUCACCAGUGGUGGCAGCCCUGUUUGCUGCUGAGCAGGAUAGCCUCUGGAAUUUCCUUUGCAAAGUACACGUGGGGACAGGUACCACUUCUUGCGCCAAUCCCCUCUCUCAGCCAGAGAUUUCUUUCUCCUAAUUCCUACCUGUACACACAACACCUUUGCUGUGUGGUGUAUGGAGGGACACCUGCAGUACUGCAAUAACUGUGUUAUGCUGCACAUUGGGAUCUGGGGGGGAAGCACAUCUGUGCAGCACAAUGCUUGUGUCUGUAUGUAGCUCUGUGUGUAUUGUAAACAAACAAAUGUUGUAAGAUUGUAUCUUUUUUGAGCGGGUUGCUUCAAAAGGAAUCUUGCCUCUUCUCUGCAGCCUGUGUCAGGAACACUGAGAGGGGUGUUUCACUAAGUGCUCCUUUUUGUGGCAGGCAUCUUUACUGCCAAAGAGGCACUUUGGCUAGCCAGGGACUACCUUAUUUCCAUGUGGAUUCAGGUAAAAAUCUUAUAUUUUCCUCUCUGCAAAACAGUGCUAUUACAGAGAGGGUUUCAGCUGGGACCACAUCACCUCAUUUGCUUUGAAGUAGAAACUGACUGCUGCGCCUAAAAUGUGUGUGUGAUUUUGACAUUCCUUCUGUUGUUAUUAUUACCAGCCUGGUGCUUUAAGCUUAUUGUCUCUCUGUUUUGAAAGGUCUGGUACCACUGUACUUGAUGAAAACUUGAGUGUUGAUUUGGUGUGAGCAGGAUCAGAUCCUCUGUUGUAAGGGUAAAGACAGGAAGAACUUUUGUGAGAAAACUAGUUUAUUGUAUUUUUCCUGGACUGUACUUUAUGCCUUAGGGUCUAUCUGCUGUCCCCACACUUGCAUCUGUAAUUGCCAGUGGUUUGCCAGAGGCAGACGUGUGAGUGUCAAAGCCAAGAAUGACUUUGAGGAGGGUAUGGAAGAAUCUUGGUUCCGAGACAUUCAAAGCUUGUCAUUCUCACUGUCAUUCUCAGGCAGGAAUGUGCAUUCUUCACACAUUCCUCCCAUCAAAGGACAGCAAGUCUGAUUGAUUCCCAUUGGAGUAAACAGGGAGUUAAAUAAUGCUGUGAUUUUGUUUCAACAGCCUACCUUGCUAAUGAUGACAAGUGCCAUGAAGAUUUUGUUCCUAGGGGAAACAUUGGCUUUCCAGUGAAAAGAUGGGGUGGGUAGAUAUGACUGUACAGCCUUGCCAGUGCUCUGCUGCAGUCCUCGUUAACAGGGAGUGCAUUUGGGGUCAGCACUGGCAGGGAAAGGUCUCUGGGCACGUGCCAACCCUACAUCACAGCCUGGGCAAACAGACUUUGACAGAAGCAUUGAGACGGGCAGUGCUGCAGCACUCCAGCCAAAACCCUGGGGUCCCAGCUCUGGACAGUACAGCCAGGUGGUGGAGGUACCGCAGAAAAUGGGGUCACCUGCCAACCUUCUCUCCUGAGGGCAAGCUAGUGAGUGUUGCAGCGGUAGACUGUGCUAAAGGAAGGGCAUUUGCUCCUGGGAGAAAUGCAUGAGUAGCAGCAGGAAGGAAAGGGACUCCCUGCAAGGCUAGGGAACAUUUACAGCCAGGUGGUAGUUGUCAGGGUGACUUGUGGGCCAUCUGCCUCUGGCAUUUCUUGAGACUCACAUUGUGACCUGGGCCCUGAGACCACUACACUGGUUGCUACUCAUGCAGCUGAGACCACUCAGGGCAUGGGGCUGCUGCUGAGGGCCAGCACUAUGUCCCUCCCUCACCUGGGCAAGGUUGAGCAUAGCGUGAACACAGGGGUGGCACAGACCUUGUCAAAGACUGAAGUGGGAACCUGAUAAAAGCUUUCUCUUGCUUUAGACCAAAAUUCAAUCCGGAGUGGGAAGCUUUGCUCUUUGCCUGACAUGAUUUGCACGAUGCAUUGGGAAGAGCAGCCGUGCCCUUUUUGCUGGAGAAAUCAAUCACUCGCUGCCCCAGGCUCCGUGUGCUGCCCUGUGCAUUGCAGGCUGCUCCUCCUGGGCACGCUGCACUCUGAGCAGGCUGAGAAGCAGCACUAGCAGAAACCUGCCCGGGGAGAGCACUUGAUUUUCCUUUCUGCAUUUAAUUGUUGACCAAAGACUGAGUCAGGGAAAGGAAGCGUGAGCAAAUGGGAGUGACAUAGGGACCAUACAUAAGAGGAGGAGGCAAAAAGAGAUAACACUGAACUGUGCCGAAAAAGCAGCUUCCAUAAAUGUGAAAUCAUCAUGUGUGGUAUUUUCAAAGUGCAGCUGUCGAACCCUAAGAUUGCAUUAUUUUUUUUUAAAGAGUAGAUGGUAUUUAUUGCUGUGCCAAUUUUUUAUUUAUACUAGCUUUAUACUUGUUCAUAUAAAUAACUUAUCUGAAUUCUGCCUGAGGAAGGAUGAAGAGUGUUUUUCUGAUGUGUUUUUAACUAAGGUGUUUGAGCAAAGGUGACUGUUCAUUUUGCAAUGAAGGCUAUGUUCAAAGUUAAAUAUACACGUUUCAUUGAAAAUGCAGUUCUUCUAGAAGUUUUUGUUGCUAUUUUCCCUCUGUUGGCAUCUAGAGGGUCCUUCUCUCUGGUAACUUGUUUUGAGCAAUGUGAUUUACAGCAACCAGAGCAUUCUGAGAACUCAUCACCUAAAAUAUGAACUCUUUUCUUUACCAACAUCCCACCAAGACGAGCCUUGUCUGCAAACAUGAAACUCUGAUGGCCACAGAGAAGAAAACAUGUAUCAUGAUGAAAGGGCUGCAUGAACCUCCCAUCUUCCACUCCUUAAGAGCUCAGCAUUGUCAGAAUGUGGUUAAUACUGUACUUCAUAUUUUUAUUAGAAAAAAGAAAUAUCUUCCCAAAUAAUGUGAAAAAGGGUUUGUAUUUGUGUACCUGUAAGGCAGCUUUUGUGGAGGAGUUAUAUUAUGCUUUUGAAAUUACUCCUUUCAUAGAAUAUUUUGAAAAUAAACACUUUUAUAUUGUUGCAAUUUCUCCCAUAAAUGUGUAUGCACUUAAAAAUUUCAAAAUAAAAAUGUCUAUCUAAAUGAAA